AUGACAACAUCAUCAAGUUCCAACAAGAAGAUCAAAUUCCACUAUGGUUAUGGUGGCACGAUCACACCCGGUAAGAACUGUGGCAAACUACGAUACGAAGGCGGCAUGAAUGGGAUUAUGAAGGUGGACCGUGGUAUUACUUACACGGAGCUUGUCGUAAAGUUAUGGGAUGUGUGUGGACCGUCUAUGCGUUUGAGGUGUAAGUUGCCGCACGAUGAUCUUGACUCAUUAGUUCAUGUCUGGUCGGACGAGGAUCUUGCGUAUGUCCUUGAAGAAUACGAUCAAUGUAGUGAAGAUUUGAAGAUCAGAGCCAUUCUUGAUGACACGCUAAGGUUUUCUUGGGCUAAUGACGAGUUGUAUUGUUUUCGGCCUAAAGAUUUUAUCAUGCAAGUCCACACAAAGUCGUUGAUGUUUCAAUCACAAGUUAACGUGUGA